GCAGACCGAUGAUCUGUUUUGUCCCGGCUCCUCCGCCUAUCACAGCUCCUCCUCGAUCUGACUGGGGAGGGGUGGGGGUUUCAGGCAGCUUUUGUUUGAGAGAGAAAUGCGGAUUGUGAAGACAAUCGGUAGACAGUUCUCGGUGUGGCAAAAUGUCGUCUGGAUGUCUCUUUUGUUCGGUAUAAAAACUUAGUAACCUCGUUGGAUGGUACCUCAGUGGAUUCGUGGGCGAUCCGUACAUAUGGAAUAAUGUUGGAACGAAAUGCAUCGAUGCCUUUUGUGACGUUGUUGGUUCUUUUGACGCUUGAGUAUUGUGCGCGAGCUGUCUCGGGCCAGCUCUCUUACUCGGUGGCGGAGGAAUCAAACAAGGGGACUACUGUUGGAAAUAUCGCGAAGGAUUUAAACAUUAAUGUCCAUGAACUCGAGUCACGGAUGUUUCAGAUUGUCAGCGGAUCCAGCAAGAAAUAUUUCGAGGUAAAUUUGAGGACGGGUGUUCUGUUUGUUAAUGAGAGAAUAGACAGAGAGGAGCUUUGCGCUAAACAGUUGAAAUGUAGCCUCAGUGUAGAGGCAGUUAUUAACAAUCCCUUGAAAUUGUAUCGUCUGGAAGUAAAUAUUUUAGAUAUUAAUGACAAUGCCCCCUCUUUCACUUCAAAAUCAAAAGAUAUGAACGUAGCUGAAAAUACGCUGACUGGGGUCAGAUUCCCUCUCCCCACUGCUGAGGACCCUGAUGUUGGUAGAAAUAGUGUAAAUACUUACAAGCUUAGUCCAAACGAGUAUUUCACUGUGUCGACACACAAAGGGAGUGAGCACAGUCUGUCUGCUGAGCUGGUCCUGCAGAAAGCUUUAGACCGGGAAAAGCAAUCAGUUAUCACUCUCAUAUUAACCGCUGUAGACGGUGGAAAUCCACCAAAGUCAGGAACCAUGGCGAUAAAUGUAAACGUUUUGGAUGUUAACGACAACAGUCCCAUUUUCAGUCGCCCAUUGUACAAAGUGAGUGUCUUGGAGAAUGUCCAAAUCGGGACUGUUGUAGUGGCAUUAAAUGCAACAGAUGCGGAUGAGGGUGCGAAUAGUGAUGUGUUUUAUAGCAUCAGUAAAGGAGACCAAGACAAAAUCUUAGAAGUGUUUGACGUUGACUCAAAGACGGGCAUAAUAACAGUGAAAAGCAAUAUAGACUAUGAAAAGAACAGCGCCUUUCAGAUACGCGCUGAGGCGAGCGACCGAGGGCAGCCUCCUAUGGCAGCGCAUUGUAAAGUGCUCGUGGAAGUCAUAGAUGUAAAUGACAAUGCCCCAGAAAUCACAGUGACGUCACUGUUAAACACAGUGAAAGAGGACGCCAAAGUGGGCACCGCUAUUGCACUUGUCUCAGUCCAAGAUAAAGACAGUGGCAAAAAUGGUGUCGUGAACUGCUAUAUGUCGACCAAAGCACCCUUUAAGUUGGAGUCAAACUACAAAAACUAUUAUUCCCUCGUGGUAGACGGUCCACUGGACAGAGAGAACAUAGCACAGUAUAAUGUCACCAUCACUGCUACAGACGAAGGCAUCCCCUCACUUUCGACCUCCAGUGUCAUCAAUGUUCAAGUGUCAGAUGUAAACGAUAAUGCACCUCGCUUCCCAGAGUCUGUCAUUAAGGCGUAUAUCAAAGAGAAUAGCCCCGUGGGCCAGCGUCUGUUCACCGUGUCUGCAUCAGACGCAGAUGUGCAUGAAAACAGUCAUAUCACAUACUCUUUAAUCAACAUUAAUAACGAGCUUCCACUAGCAGCGAUGAUUAAUAUCGAUUCAGCUACAGGGGAUAUAGUGGCGAUGCAGUCGUUUAAUUAUGAAGAAAUUAAAACUUUCCAAUUUCAUGUUGUAGCAACCGACUCAGGGGUACCGCCACUGAGCAGUAACGCAACUGUAAAUGUGUUCAUUCUGGAUGAGAAUGAUAACAGUCCUAAUGUAUUGCCCCCGUAUUCGGAGCUUGGUUCUGUGAAUACAGAAAACAUUCCAUAUAAUGCAGAGGCUGGGUAUUUUGUAGGGAAAAUCAGGGCUGUGGACGCAGACUCUGGAUAUAACGCGCUGCUUUCAUACCACAUCUCUGAACCCAAAGGAAAUAAUCUCUUCCGAAUCGGAACCAGCAGUGGUGAAAUCAGGACUAAAAGGAAAAUGAGUGACAAUGACCUUAAAACACACCCGUUGGUUAUUGUCAUAUCCGACAAUGGGGAGCCCUCCAUGUCUGCAACAGUGUCCAUUGAUAUCACAGUUGUUGAAGAUGCCGAAAUUCAAACUCGCUUCAGAAACGUCCCCAGUAAAGAAGAUACGUUUUCUGAUUUGAACUUGUAUUUGCUCAUUGCAAUCGUGGCCGUGUCAGUCAUCUUUCUGCUGAGCCUCAUCAGCUUGGUAGCUGUGAAAUGCCAUAAAUCAGACAGCAGCCUCAGUGGCUACAACCCCCCAAUGAUCACCACACAUCCUGAUGGAACCUGGUCUUACUCCAAAUCCACUCAGCAGUAUGACGUCUGCUUUAGUUCAGACACACUUAAGAGUGACAUGGUAGUUUUCCCAGCACCGUUUCCGCCCGUCGAUGCGGAACUAAUAAGCAUUAAUGGAGGAGAAACAUUUCAACGUACGCAAACGCUUCCUAACAAGGAGAAGGUAAGCGUUUUGGGACGCCGUAGACCGUGCCAUGAGUUUAUCAUCUUUGUCAUUAUGGGACUCCUCCCAGUUCUCGCGGGUGGGGGUUCGUGA